AUGAAGUUACUUUUAGCGGUGUUAACUUUCGCGACGUCCCUGCUUAGCAUACAAUGCCGUCCACAGGCGAUACACUUCUUCCCCUAUCCACCGGCUGACCGGCUUCCAGCAGCACCAUAUCACUAUCCUGCACCAGGUUAUUCGAUCGCGGGUCGGCAGUACAGCCUUAUACCAGUGUCAGUGCCUUUCCUAAAGGGAUUAUAUACCCCUGGGACGGUAAAUCACGAACAGGGUAUAAUUCCGAGUACAGGGAUGCAGGACAAAUCUCCAGAGAAGUUACAGGAAAAAAUGACAAGCAAAAAACCAGCAAGGAAUAAACCUGUUCAGGGUAAAAAACCCAAGCGAGUUAUGAAUGCACCCUUCGUACAGGCUCUUCAACAAGCUGAUGGUCAGUUUAAGGUGCAAAAGUACUCGCUGGAAGCUUUGGAACAGUCUCCAAAAAGCUCUCCACAGCAGAUUCUGCUCCCAGAACAGAAAAAGAGUCAACGGCUUGAACCAGCAAACAAUCCUAACCCAGUUGUAGUAACUGCGACCGGCUCAACAACUGCUGAUGCACCAGUGAUAGGACGUGUGCCGGUCGCACCGACUGUCUCCGAGUACUACCCAUUCUAUGGUUUCCCGAUGACGGAUAAUCGUGAAGAAGCAUCCCUUAUACUGGAACCCUCGUCUAAGGCGAUCUCCGGCAAUGGAGGUACGGCCAUCUCUACGCCCGUCUCACAUGCCAUCCUGAAGCAGGGCAGCAGAUCGAAGAUUCUCUUUCGACCGCAGUCGGUCGCUAUCGUCGGUGCAAAUGGACGAGCCCACGCACAGGCCGAUCUGAUUGUCGAUUAUGUGAACCCGGAACAUCGAACCGCAACCGACGUGCUAAAGCUCCCGUUCUACGGAGGUGCUCGUGGACAGAUACUGGAAAUACGCAAAAACAGUGACGGUACUGUAGUGAGCAAGAUUCUGCGUGGUGACGAUGAAGACAUGGAGCUGAAGGUGCAUCAAGUGGCAGAUGAUCCGUCACCGGUGAAGCAGGUGUCGAACGAGCAAACAUUGGACGCGAGCGAGGAGGAUCUGAAGGGUUCGGAUCAAUCCUUUGGAGACUACCUGCUGAAAAUUCAAAAUGCAGCUGCAUCGCUUGUUUCGCUACAAGAAACUGUGAAAAAGACGGGAAAGCUAUCUCCCGACCAGCGAAAGGUUUACACGGAUAAUCUGGAGAAGCUGGGUGUUGCCGCCCAAAAGCUGGCCCAUAUCCAGCAGGCGGAUGACGAUCAGGACGCGAUUCGGUUCCUGUUUGACUUAUCCGCUUUGACAGCCAACUACGAAACUUCAUCGGCUAGCGAUCCACAAAAGAAGAAGACCUCCUCAAGCAAGAUCACAUCAUUCCCAGGGUAUAAGGGCAAGGAGGAAAACAAGAAGAAGGAGGAGGAGGAGAGCGUUGGGGAAGAUAACUCUAGUGGGGACUCGGUGCAGGUUGACACACAGGAAAAGGAAUCGUCAAUUGCUGAAGCAAAGCCAGUGGGUCUUGCCAUUGCUGGUGAGGGAGGUGUUGCGUCUUCCAAACCAGUUGCAACGGCCGUCGUUGGAGACGGUGGUCUUGCAGUAGCUCGUCCAGUGGCGACUGCCAUCGCUGGCAUUAAACCGAGUGAGCUGGGCAAUUUGGGACUGCCAAUAUCGGUCAACAAGAAGGUGCUUACGAAGGGCAAGUACGGACUGAUUGCUGCUGGAGAUGAAGCUGCUGCUGGUGGUGUACUCGUUGGACCAGACUUUGAGGCACGUGUAGCACCGAAAGAGAUUGAGGCAGAGAUCGAAGAUAACCGUCAGCAAGCGAUGGCCAACUUCGACACGGAGAAAUUCUUAGCCAACCUGCGGCUGAAGACGGCUCCAAGUCCAACUCCAAUCCCGAGUGCCACACCACAAUCGCUGGGAGCUUAUCAGCCGGCAUCGUACCUACAGCAGACCGUUCCUUACAUGUCCGAUUAUGGUGUUAGUCAGAGUGCCUACCCCGUGUACACGCCAAUCAUCCCAUACUACAGCUGGACGCCUUACAGUUACCCGUACCAAUCCACCCUAAACGCUUUGACCGCUUACCAGAUGGCAGCAUUGCAAUCCGCCCAGUAUAAUCCAUACAAUCUGUACGGAGGAUAUCAGCAGGCACAGCUGCAGCAACCCAUCGCUCAGAGCCCCUUUCAGCAGUACGAUUAUCCUCAGCGAGCACUGUACAAUCCGGCACCAGUUGUCAAUGCGGCUUCUGCCUAUCCGAACUAUAACAAUUAUGCAUCCUUCAGCAACCCUUCGCCAUACCGAUUUUUCUACUAUUAGUCUGCUGAUUGGCAGCGGUCCCAACGACCACUUCAUACUGAACGUUGUGUCGAAUGGGGCUGCAACCCAA